GUCACAAUAGACAAUUCUGUUAGGUUUAAAUUUCUUUUUCAUUGUGAAUUGUGAAUGUGAUUCGUAAAAAUUAAAUAAAAUGAGUUCUUCAAAAGCUUUAAUGUUAAUAUAAUAUAAUAAAAAAACCAAACACAAAGUGAAGUCAUCAUGGCUUCAAACGUUUCAAUAGCUGAUGACAAAACAUCUAGCCACACGAUUUUAGAAAAAAUUAAUGCUAAUAGUCAAGAUUCAAUUUCAAACAAGGCCCCAGACAUUAAUGAUUUUACUAUUAUUAAACCUAUUAGUCGAGGAGCCUUCGGAAAAGUUUUCCUUGCUCAUAAAAAGAGUAAUAAAGAACAAAUGUAUGCAAUUAAAGUAAUGAAGAAGUCUGACAUGAUUAACAAGAACAUGGUCACACAAGUAGUGACAGAGAGGAAUGCACUGGCACUAUCUAGGAGUCCUUUUUGUGUACAUUUGUUUUACUCAUUGCAGUCAGCAUCAUCUGUGUAUUUGGUAAUGGAGUUCAUGGUUGGUGGUGAUCUGAAAUCUCUGUUAGGCACUUAUGGCUUUAUGGAGGAGGCUAUGGCAGUGUUCUAUGCAGCAGAAGUAACUUUAGCGCUGGAGUAUUUGCACAAACAUAACAUUAUUCACAGAGAUCUGAAGCCUGACAACAUGUUGAUAUCCAAAACAGGUCAUGUUAAAUUAACAGAUUUUGGCUUAUCCAAAAUUGAAGUACAUAGAGAUUUAGAAAUAUCUGACUUUGUGAACUGUACACCAAGCCUUAACAUGCGAACGCCAGGACAGUUGUUGUCUCUGACAUCACAUCUGUCUUUUGGCUCUGGUGGAGGAGACAGUGCCCGGAACUCGAGCGUGGAUACUUGUGAGAAUCUUCUUGAUCAGCUUUUAGAGAUCACUAAAUUAAAAGGUGACUCAGCUAUAAUGGAUUAUUCACAAUUAUCGGGUAUACAUCCCUUUAUGAGCGCCGAAAGCAUAAAUUUGGACUUGACUAGUCAGGAUUCUGGAUCAGAAUCUUUAAGCUCGUAUCACACUUGCGAGAGCUCUAAAAAUAGCACCGACAACACUAAGAGCAGCAACAGGUCGACAGACAUCAGUAGUGCCAACGGUUCCUCCUUAGAGUCAAACAUAUUGACUGACUCGCAACAUGAUCAGUCCACUUCACCACUCUGCAGAGGACAGUCUCUAAAGAGGAUACCCAGUUUUCGUGCCAAGAAGAGAAAGAGAAUAUUAGACUGCGACGGAGACACUCCAACAGGAGUGACAAGUUUGUUAGAGUCUAAAGAAAACCACAGUGGGCUCACUCAAGAAAUUAUGGCAUUAGAACUGGAAGUCAGUCAAAACACCCCUAAGAGAAUGGCCAUUCAUCCUACACCAGAGAGACGCAAAAAUCCUCUUAAAGGAGUAUUAAAGAAAAGAUGGGUAUCACAGAACGACAGUCACCAUUUCAAUGUCGGAGUGAUAUUCUCUACGCCAGUAUCAAAUAAGUCUCCCGAAACCAAGAAAAAAGCGACCAGGUUUAAUAUACCCCUUGAUGAUACAGUUUUGAGCAACAAGGAGAGGUCUGCCACUUUUGGAAAGCACAUAUCUACGAGUCUAGAGAUUUUUCCUACCAGAAGAUUGAGUAAGGGUGAAGGAAGCAAAUCUCCUACGGAAUGUAAAACACCUUUAGCAGCAGUACAGACGCCGUAUCGGACGCCAAAAAGCGUACGGCGCGGGAACCAAGCGUCCGACCACCCCAUUCUUGGCACCCCCGACUAUCUCGCUCCGGAAUUACUAUUGCAAAAAAGUCACGGCCCAGCGGUGGACUGGUGGGCGUUGGGCGUGUGUUUGUACGAGUUCAUGACGGGCGUGCCGCCGUUCAACGAUGAAACAGUGCAAGCGGUCUUCCAAAAUAUAUUAGCUAGAAAUAUAGAAUGGCCUGAAGACGAGGAGGCGCUGUCGGCGGAGGCGGUGGGCGCUAUCGAAGCCCUGCUGACGAUGGAGCCCGGCGCGCGGCCCGGCGCGGACGCGGUGAAGGCGCUGCCGGUGUUCCGCCGCGUGGACUGGCUCCACCAGCUCGACGCGGAGCCGCCCUUCGUGCCCACUCUCGAUGACAUCUACGACACUGGAUACUUUCAAGCUCGGAACAUACUACAACACCUACACGUAUCCAACUUUGACAUGUGAAGCUACAUCGAGCGAGAUAUUUAUAAUACUUAGUAGUUAAUUAAAAUUGUGUGAUAUAUUAGUAAUAUUAGGUAUAUUUAUAAUAUUCCAGAGUAGUUCAGACUACGCUAUAGGUCUUUACAUUUCCUUAACAUUUUCAUCGCUUAACACAGCACAGCUUCUAUACAAAGUUUUAUAAGCUCAUAUAUGGUACAUAGAGUAUUACAAUCGUAAUGGAUACAAAGAGUAUUUGCCGGCUUAUAAAACUAAAAAAAGUAUAACCUAAGGUGUUCUUGCUUGUUGAAGAAAAUGUGGUAUGUCAAUUUUAUACCUAAAAAUUGUUUUUAAGUCAUGUCAAAUCAUGCCUUGUUAUUUUUGGAAUAAAUUACACAUACUUACAUUGUACUAGUAUAUCCACGAUAUGAAUUUCGUUCUGUUUGGUCCCCUAAUAAAAUUUUACACAGUUUGGGCAGUUUUGCCGAAUUUGUGACGUAGAAUCGUUUUUUUUUAUCUACAUGGUAUAAAAUCAAUUAUGGACAGCAACUAAUGGUUUAAAAAGAGGAGAAAAAAGGAUGAUAUAAAACUAUUUGGUAGCGUAGUCUGAGCCCACUCUGAGUCAUCUUUUAGGCUUGUGUGAUAAUACCAAAUAUAAUUGUUAUGUUAUAUUUUACGUUGCAUUUAAUUAAAAUAAAAACAACAUAUCAAGGAA